GCUCCCCAGGCUAAAAAUAGUAGAAAAAGACUGGAAACUAAGGAACCAUGCGUCAUUAAAUGUGAGCGUGGGUAAAAAAUUAUGUUAUGGAGAAGAUUGAUUCUUUCUGCCGUCGCUGAUUGAUCUAUCAUGAGAAGAUGACAGCAUGUGACGAGCUGCCAUGACAGUAAGGAGUGCUGGGACUGGGGUGGGUGGAAUGGCAGCAGGGGAUGAAUAACAGGAGGAAGGAUUAGGUUCAGAGUGCCGGAUGUCUGAAGGAACUUAGGAGGAAUCUUUCCAGAUACUGGAUGAAAUAAGCAGCAUGGGUACAUUUGUGACCCUGGCCGAAGUGUUGGAGGUCCGGGGGUCACCGCUGGAGGAGGAUGAGGUCUGGUGUCUACUGCUCACCACCACUGACGCCUUACUGAACAUCUCCAAAAAAGGUUCAGGUAACAUGUGCAGUGUGUUGAGCCCAGGCUCAGUCCUGCUGUCAGCUAACGGGAGCCUGGCCUUCAAGAGCUGUGCCCGAUAUGAAGACGUAGCCUCGUUCACAGCCCCUGAAGUCCAGCAGGGUCAUGCUGCCUCCACCAGGGUAGCAGCUGAAAAGAUGGUUGUGUACUCAUUGGGCAUGACGUUUUAUUGGUGUGCUGACUAUCAUCUUCCUCAGAACCAGCCGGUCCAGUUGAGUGCUGAGCUGGAGGGUUUGCUGCUGAGCAUGUGCGAGGACAUGGUGGUGAGGAGGACCGACCUGCUGACGGUGCUGGAGGCCUGCGAGCUUCACCACAAGGCCUCCAUAUUGCCUCCUGCUGAGCGGCUCGUCAAGCAGCUGGUAGAAGAUGUCUACAGAAACUCAAGCGAUCACGUGUCCAUGACUGAAAAUGGAUCCCAGCUAACAGACCGAAGUCAAAUGGUCAGGGACAGAUUACACAGGAGCUCUUUCAGUAACUCAACAUGGGCACUGAAGAAGAAGAUCUCAAAAACGUUCUCGGGAGUGUCCUAUCCAGCCAGUCCCACAGGGAUUCCCUCAGGAGGUCGACUCAGGGAGACAUACGGCACCUGGCAACACCUGAACCGCAGCCCCUGUAGUCCAUAUAUGGAUGGUAAUCGAAAUGCUCGAUCCAUGUCACAGUUCGAGUCCACAAUGAGUCUGAGCGACAAGAAAAUGAGGGACAUGGGCCCUGAGUUUAUUAGAAUGUUAGAUGAACCUCUGAUUGUCCUCGAGCUGCCAAACUCUAUUGUGUCAAAAAAAGGGAAAUCUCCAACCACCCAGAGAGAGCUUAGUGUGGUGAUGCCAAACAGUCAGCGCAUCCUGGUCAAAUGUGAGGUGAAAUCCAGAGGAGGAGACGUCUUCGACAUGAUCGUGGCUCACUCCAACCUCGUGGAACACUUCUACUUUGGCCUUGCUUACCUUGACGACAAUGAGUUUUUCUUUGUGGACAACGACACAAAGAUUUCCAAAGUUGCCCCAGAUAGCUGGAAGAAAGUGCCUACAGCCACAUUUGUCCUUUUCUUCAGGGUUAAAUUCUUUGUCAAAGACAUUUCCCUUCUUUUGCACAAACAGACCCGCCACCAGUAUUACCUCCAGCUCAGGAGAGACCUUUUGGAGGACAGGCUGUCCUGCCACGAGGAGACAGCCCUGUACCUCGGAGCUCUGGCCUUGCAGAUGGAGUAUGGAGACUGCGUGCCUGAGGUGUAUGGUAGGAACUACUACCGCCCUGAUCAGUAUGUCUCCAAGAGUGUGAUGGAGAAACGUGCCUUGCCCUACAUUCAGGAGGAGCUGCUGCGACUUCACACCAGCAUCGCCGACAUGCUAACUGAUGAGUCAGAGCUUGAGUUCCUCAAGGUGUGUCAGCAGCUGCCGGAGUACGGCGUGCUGUUCCACCGCGUGACGCGUGAGAAAAGGCCUUUAGAAGGGGAGAUUAUCCUCGGCGUUUGUGCGAAGGGUCUCAUCGUCUAUGAGGUCAAGGAGGGCUGCAAAUCCACAGCUCAGAGUUUCUACUGGAGGGAGACGGCAACCAUCUCCUCUCAUAGGCGUAAAUUUGUGGUGGAGUGCCGGGGCAGCAAGAAGUACACCUUCAUCACAGAGAGGUCGAAGGUUGCCAAAUACCUGUGUAACCUUUGUUCAGCACAGCACAAGUUCAACAAUGAGAUGAACUCCCGACAGCUAAGUCAUAGCCUGGUCUCAGAUGAGAGCAUUGUGCAGUAUGCAACAGUGUGCCGCGCUCAGAGCAGCCAGAUCAAGUCAUACUCGUGUUCUGAGACGCCCCAAGACGACAGCGGCCUGACAACACCUCAGAACGAAUCCCUGACCAAACUGUGUGAUGAUGUCACGGCCAGGAUUGAGGCACGCGUAAAACAGCAGCGCCUGUGCUCCAAUGAGCAGAGCACCUGCUCCAGCAGUCAGCGCAGCAGCACGAGUAUUCGCUCGCCAGCAUGCUCUCAGAGGAGCGGAUCCGAAGCCCCCUCUGGUUCACCAGCAGCCAGAGAAACUCCACCAAAACUUGGGGCCUCACCAGAGAGAGAAGUCAUAUGUGUUUCCUUAAAAAAAGACCCAAAGCUCGGCCUGGGCAUAGUGAUAGUUGGAGAGGACACAGUGGGCCGUUAUGACUUGGGCAUCUUUGUUGCCUCUAUUGUUCCCGGUGGACCUGCAGACAAGGAUGGACGCAUCCGAGCAGGCGGCCGUCUGAUCUCUCUGAACCACAUCAGCCUGGAGGGGGUCACAUUCAGCGAGGCAGCAGAGGUCAUGCAGAGCAGCCCGGAGGAGGUGCAGCUCAUUAUCUCGCAGCCAAAAGUCUCUGUCAGUCCCAACAAUGUGCGCUCCCCUGUGUUGAGGAAUUAUGAGUCCCAGAGCACCCUGAUGGCAGACGGACGAUCAGGAGACGACAGUCUCGAUGAGUUCGUCUCAGCCAUGAUGACACCGAAGACCAGAAACACGCUGCCUGUCCCUCGUGAAGUACGAGUCCUCAGUACACAGGACUGCUGCACUCUGUCUCCCUCCAUGAACUGCAUGAGGCCAGAGGAGAUCACUGUGGAGCUCAGGAAGAUAUCCGGAAACCUAGGGAUCAGCAUCUCUGGUGGCAUCAACACAACCCUCGCUAAUGGAGGAAUCUAUAUCAAGAGCCUGGUUCCAGGCGGGGCUGCAGAGAGAGAUGGACGAUUACAAACAGGUGACAGACUGUUGGAAGUGGAUGGGGUUGACUUCCACGGCUUCACAUACCAGCAGGCAGUGGAGUGUCUAAGUAAAACUGGGCAGGUGGUAUCCUUGGUUGUGGAGAGGGAGUUAAUUAAUCUGCCCAGAGUCCUCCUCAGUGCUGACUCCAGCAGGAGUGUAUCCAGCCAGUGCCUCAGUCCAGCUACUCGCCAGCACAGACUCAACAAGUCCUCGCCAAGUGUUUCCCCGAACACAACCCCCAACCGGACCAGAGAUUACAGCUUUGUCACUGAUGCCAACACCCAGGAGGUGACUCUGACCAAGAAUGCCAACGGCCUGGGCUUUAGCUUCCUAAUGUGUGAGCUUGACCCACCCACCAAGGACUUUGGCUGCCUGGUCCGGAUAAAGCAGCUUUUCCCCGACCAGCCGGCUCAGCAGAGCGGCAGAAUCCAGGAGGGAGACAUCCUGCUAGCUAUCAACGGCCAGUCGCUCAAAGAGCUGUCCUAUCCAAAGGUGCUGAAGCUGUUUAAGAAUUCGCCUCCUGACGUCCGGCUGACUCUCUGUCGGCCUGCACCAGGGAUCCUUCCCUCUAUCGAUCAGUUCACCGGCACAUGACAGAUCUCCCGGAGUUUUUGGGUUUUUUUUUUUGGAGGUGGAGACUGACGGGAGCCUGGCUGAUGAAGCCGUUCAGGAACGUAAAGCAGAUCCUAUCGAUGGACUCCAGCUCUGCGGAAAGAGGUGGACCAGGAGAGCGGAGCGGUUGGAUAUCGAAAAUGGAUGUUUGCGGAUAAAAUGAAAGACAUAAAGGGAACCCUUCUAAAGGCGUUUUGUUGACACCAAGAGGGGAAGAAGACGACUGAACCAAACUGUGAAGAAAGAAGAGGGGGAAAAAAUCGUCGAAAGUGGAAAAUGUUGAAUCUUGUCAAGCUGCUUAAUUAAAAAGAACGCAACCUA